GCGCCUCCUUCACAACAGCCCUGCCAGGUAGACCAGCGGCGCCUCCUGGUGAAGCCGCCCCGCCCUCGCCUUUCGGAGCAACACCGCCGCGGCCAAUCGCUGGGCGCGCGCGCCGCCAUUGGGCAGAUCGAACGCAGGGAGGCCUCCGAUUGGCUGCGCCGCGCCAGCUUUGCAACAUUCAAACUCGCGCAGCGGCCGCGGCCGAGAAGGAGGAGGAGGAGGAAGCGCGGAGCCAGCCGGGCGAAGCCUCUGCCUGCCUCUCCAUGGCCUCGCAGAACGACGACCCCGGCGCCGUCGCCCGCGGACCCAGCAAGGCGGCCGAACCCGGCGGGGUCGCCGCCCGGGGCUCGGUCCGCAGCAGGCUGCAGCAGGAGCUGAUGGCCCUCAUGAUGUCCGGAGACCACGGCAUCUCCGCCUUCCCGGAGUCGGACAAUCUCUUCAAGUGGAUCGGGACCAUCAACGGCGUGGCUGGGACGGUCUAUGAGGACCUGAGGUACAAGCUGUCCUUGGAGUUCCCCAGCGGCUACCCCUACAACGCCCCCACAGUCAAGUUCCUCACCCCUUGCUACCACCCCAACGUCGACCUCCAGGGCAACAUCUGCUUGGACAUCCUGAAGGACAAGUGGUCAGCUCUCUACGACGUCCGGACAAUCCUGCUCUCCAUCCAGAGCUUACUGGGAGAGCCAAACGUGGAGAGUCCCUUGAACACGGAGGCUGCCGAGCUCUGGAAGAACCAAGCAGCCUACAAAAGACGCCUGCACGAAUCCUACCAAAAACACAGGAAGAGCCAGGAUACUUGAUCUCCUUCCCAGGGAGCAGCUCUUCGCCUGGGGGGGGGGGGGGGAGGUGGGGAGGAUAAUGUAUUUCCCCUCUUCUGUUUUAUCCUUGUAUCUUCUGUGUGUCGGCCCCUAUUGUAUUAUAGGUCAUUUUAAAGUUUUAUUUGGCUUUUCUUUCCCUGGUGUUAAUGUAUAAAUAAAAUUUUCUUGUGUUUUUAUGAAA